GAGGAAUGUUCCCGUACACUUCAACACCCUGAUAUUAGAGCAACAGCACACCAUCGCCAAAAUGAAAGACUUGACUUUCGAUGUUCGCUAUGACAAUGAGUUGGCCCAUGAUUACUAUGGGGAAGGGUCCAAGCUGGCGAACAAUCUUCGACAGAUCUACAAAGCCAAGAACCUGCAAAUCCCGGAUGAGUUCGAGUCCACAUCUACCUACCCGCCCAUCCACUUCAUGAUGGUUUCUGCGCCGGACGAUGUGGAUGUGGAUGGUCUCCGGCAGGUCAAUGUGCCUCCGGGUCUGAAUAUUGAGAUCAUGGACUUCGAGGAGUGAAGAGGGCGGGGGGGCAUUGCACAGAUCACGGUACGCCCAUCGGAUAGGCGGCCAAUUGUUUUUAGUUGUGAUGGAGCAAGCCACAUGUAGUUUGAUGAAUGAAAUUGAU